GGUUAUCCUUUGCCUCUCACCUCUCUCACUCUAGACUCGAGACGUCUUUAAGAAGGCCGAUCCCCCUCCUCUCAUCUUCUGUUGUUUCCGUCCAUCAUCGUCUCUUCCUUCUCCCCUCAGAGGUCACUCGACCUUUCUUGUCUUUCCUUCCGACUCCUCCUCCAAGGUCUUCUCCUCACCACAUCGAGGUAGAAGUUAGGUCUGCACUUGCACAACCGCAACAACCUCAACAAGCCCAUUGGGAGAUAGCCCAACAUGGGUUCCAGCUUGGAGAACCCAAGUGACGCUGGCGCCGAGAAGGGCGCCAAGGUCACCGACUAUGACAACAACACCGGCGAUGUCCAGACCGGUGCCGGCUAUGCUUUCGAGCAGGAGAGCUACCUGACCCGAAAUGGUCUCACUCUUGAGUCUUUCAAGCAGCGCCGCUUCGACGGUGCUAUCGAGCUCGAUCGUCGAAUGAAGCCCCGCCAUCUUCAGAUGAUUGCCAUCGGUGGUUCCAUUGGUGCUGGUUUCUUCGUCGGUUCUGGAAAGGCCCUUUACAACGGUGGCCCUGCUUCUCUUACCAUUGAUUUCCUCAUCAUUGGUGUCAUGAUCUUCAACGUCGUCUUCGCUCUUGGUGAACUUGCUGUCAUGUAUCCCGUCUCCGGUGGCUUCUACGUCUAUUCGUGCCGCUUUAUCGAUCCUUCCUGGGGUUUCGCCAUGGGCUGGAACUAUGUUGCUCAAUGGGCAGUCGUCUUACCACUCGAACUAACAGUCUGUUCCGUCUGUAUCCAAUAUUGGAACGAUGAACUAUCACCGGGUAUAUUCAUCACCAUCUUUCUCGUCGCCAUCAUCUUCGUCAACGUUUUCGGCGGUAUCGGAUACGCCGAGGAAGAGUUCUGGUCGUCUUGCCUCAAGCUGGGAGCUAUCGUCGUCUUCAUGAUCAUUUGCCUCGUCCUUGUCUGCGGUGGCGGUCCCAGCAACGGCCGCUACAACGAGUUCUGGGGUGACCGUCUCUGGCACGAGGAUCCCGGUGCGUUCAAGAACGGCUUCAAGGGCUUUUGCUCCGUCUUCGUCACUGCUGCUUUCUCCUUUGCUGGAACUGAGCUUGUCGGUCUUGCUGCUGCCGAGUCUAGCAACCCUACCAAGGCUCUUCCCGGCGCCAUCAAGCAGGUUUUCUGGCGAAUCACCCUCUUUUACGUCCUCGGUCUCCUCUUCGUCGGUCUCCUCAUCAGCUCCGCCGACCCCCGACUUGACAUUAGCGGUUACUCCAACGCCAAGGCCUCUCCCUUCGUCCUGGUUGGCGAGUACUCGGGCCUCACUGGUCUUAACCACUUCAUGAACAGUAUCAUCCUCGUCUCGGUUCUUUCCCUUGGUGUUUCGGCUGUCUAUGGCGGCUCUCGUACCCUGACAGCCAUGGCUGAGCACGGCUACGCCCCCAAGAUCUUUGCCUACGUUGACCGCGGUGGUCGUCCCACAUUCUCUGUCCUCAUCCACAUCGUCAUGGGACUCCUCGCCUAUGUUAACCUAAGCCCCAAGGGUGGAGAGAUCUUUGACUGGCUCCUGGCUCUUUCUGGUCUGUCGACUCUCUUCACCUGGGGUUCCAUCUGCCUGGCCCACAUCCGUUUCCGUAAGGCUUGGGCUCACCAGGGUCACACUCUGGACGAGAUCCCCUUCCAGGCUGUUGGUGGCACAUAUGGCUCGUGGCUCGGCCUUUUCCUCAUCACCCUAGUCUUGAUCGCCCAGUUCUACGUCGCCAUUGUCGCAUCCCCUGGCUCGUCUGGUAUGGGCACCGUCGAAGGCUUCUUCAUGUCAUACCUCGCCCUUCCCGUUGUUCUCUUCUUCUGGGCCAUCGGAUAUAUCUGGAAGCGAGAGGGUUGGAUCUCUAUUGACAAGAUUGAUGUCGACACUGGUCGUCGUGAGCAUAACUGGGAAGAGAUCAACAAGUUCAGGGCUGAGAUGGCUACAUGGCCCGCUUGGCGCCGCUUCCUCCACAAGAUCAUGUAAGCUUGUGGAUGGAUGGAUUGGGAAUGGGGGCGUGAGGUCCCUUGUUGAAUGCGUCUAGAAGGAGACUACUCCUCACCCGCGUGGCACCAGCACUUGCCGAUGGCAGCGUUCGCAUGGGGGCAGGCCUCUGAUCUUUUGACUCUUGUGUACAUCAUUUAUCGCUAGAUACCAUGCAGGAACUUCUGCACAUAAUCCGACAAGCACAUUGCUUUAUAAU